CAGUGAAAUAAUAGAAUCAGAAUUUUCAAGUGAUAUAGAACAAGAUCAAGAAAAUUAUAAUAAUGUAGAUAUUGAUAAAACACAUGAUAUCUAUAAUGCAAAUGAAAUAUGUAGUGAUAAUGAUAGUAUACAAGAUAUUGAUGAUAAUAGUAUACAAGAAAUUUAUAAUAAUUUAUUAUCAUUAUAUUGUUCUAAAAUUGAAGAGAUUUCUAAAAAUAUACUAGAACAAAGAAUUACUGAAAUUAUCAAUUCAGAUGAUGAUUUUGAAAUUGGAGAGUAUUCUAAGAAUACAGUUCCAGAAAUUAUUGAAAUAAUCGAUUCUAAUAAUGAUUCAAGUGAAAAUUAA